GCCACUCAGAUCAAGCAUAGGUAUACAGAGCGCCGCAAAGGCCUAUUAACACAACAAAUACGAGUUGCUCUCACUAACACCGUCCGAUCUCACGCCACGUCAUGGAUCCGCCCCCAAUUCUUCAUUCAACGGCUCAGAUCAACUCUCUGCAAGAGCUACUCGCCUGAACGAAGAAGCUCCUCUAGUCCCUCCUCUACUCUGUCCCCCCUCCUCGUUUUUCAAAUUUCUGAUUUUUGAUUUUUUGGUUUUAAUUUUUGGAAAACUUUCUCGGAUUUUCUCGGGAAAAUUUUGGUGAAGAUGAAAAUCAUGGAGGAAGAGAGGGAUUUCGAAGGAGAGGAAGGAGUUAGGGCUGUGAAUGGUGGAAUUGACGAGGAUGAAGUUGAUAGUGAAGUGGAGAGCGAUACUGAGAAGAGCGAUGGUGUUGAAGUGGUGGAUGGAGAGGACGAGGACGAUGAUGGUGAUGACGAUGACGACGACGACGAUGAGGAGGAGGAGGAUGAGCCAGAGGAGUUGCACAACUCCGGUGGCCCGCCGGUUCAGUCGGUAGAUGACGACGACGAGGACGAUGACGACGAUGACGAUGAUGAUGACGACGACGAUGACGGUGAGGGCGAUGACGACGACGACGACGACGACGGUGAGGGGAACGACGACGAGGAUGACGAGGAAGUCGAAGGAGAGGAGGACAUGGGAACCGAGUACCUUGUCCGACCAGUAGGUCUAGCUGAAGAAGAGGAAGACGCCAGUGACUUUGAACCACAAGAGAAUGGCGAGGAAGAAGAUUUUGAGGAAGAUGAGGAUGACAGUGAUGACAAUGCUGGCGGGAAGGUCGAGGCUCCACCAAAGAGGAAGAGAUCAGACAAAGACGACUCUGGUGACGAUGACGGCGGAGAGGAUGAUGAGAGACCAUCAAAACGGUAGGGCUGGGCCCCUUCUUGUGCUGAAGUCUGACCGUUGACACAUAGGUCAAUCCCGCCCUCUCUCUCUCUCUCUCUCUCUCAAAUACAUCUUUGUAGAAAAAGGAGGAUAGGAUAGCAUGCUUCAUGCUCGCUGCUCUGCCUUCCUAUAACAUCAUCAUGUUGCAGUAUUGUUAGUGUUAGAAUUGUCGUCAUAUUGGAAAUGCAUAGUUCAUAUGGAUUUUCGGAACUAUUUGGAACAGUUUGAUUAGGCUUCUCUGUAAUGUAUGGUGUUAGGUAAAUUUGAGUUUUUCAAGUCUCUUAGGUUAAUGCAGGAAUCCUAGGCAGCAGGGUCUUUGUGGUCUUUCCAGUCUGUUGGAUUGUUAUAAGAUAUUGUUGUUUUAUAUAUUAAUUCUCUCUUUCUUCAA